AUGGCACCCGAUCUACGGUAUUGCCUGGGGGACUUCAUCGAUUAUUACGCUCAUAUUGGGUUGAGAGGUAUUCUGGUACCACGGCCAGAAGAGCAGAGCAAUGGCCAGGGCCGCCCGCACAAUUCCUGCAGAAGACCGCAGAAGAUACACGUAGCAUCAGUGUCUCCCACCGGCUCUGCGGUGUCGGAGGAGCAUACUCAUCGCGUCCUGAAGAGUGAAUUCAUUGAGAGAGACAAUAGAAAGUACUAUCUGGACCUGAAAGAGAACCAGCGAGGCAGGUUCCUCCGCAUCAGACAGACUGUCAGCAGAGGGCAUGGCACCAUGGGUUACUACGGCCAGGGCAUCGAGCAAACCAUAGUGUUGCCGGCUCAAGGGCUAAUCGAAUUCAGAGAUGCACUGUCGCAGCUGAUUGAAGACUACGGCGAAGAUGAUGCCACGGAGGAGCUUGGAAGAGGCAAUAGGAACCAUGAAGAAACCCCAGAGUUUCCCGAGGCAGCAUCUUUCCGAGUGGACAAUAAGAGGUUUUAUUUCGACGUUGGUUCCAACAGGUACGGUGUCUUUUUAAAGAUUAGCGAGGUACGACAGCCAUACAGGAACACCAUAACGGUCCCCAUGAAAGCCUGGGCCAGAUUUGGAGAGCAUUUCAUUAGGUAUGAGGAGGAAAUGCGGCGAAUUUUCACCUGUCACAAGGAGAAGAAGACAGAGACUCGCGAGGACAGUGAAGAACAAGAGGAUUGA